AUGGAAGCGGCACAAGCUUGGGAGCUGUGCGUACUCUUGCUUGUAGCUGCUGGAUAUGUUGCAAUCGGUGUGAACUCUUUCCUGAACCGUAUCGGGCGCAAGCAGCAGUCCAGACGCUCAGAGAUCUUGGCAGAGUGUGAGCGCUGUUCAGUGGAAUUGGUGCACAACCUGGUGCCAGAUGCCACUGUGCCAGAUUACCGGUUUCGCGGAAUGCAUCUGAAGAUGUCCUCGAUUCACAUCGGAUUUGACAACGUGGGUGUGAAGUUAAAGUCCAAUGGGAAGUGCAUUCUCGAGGGUGUGACAGGCGAGUUCCAACCCAAGAGAGUGGCGGCCAUCAUGGGACCAUCUGGGGCAGGCAAAACAACAUUCAUGAAUGCUCUCUGCGGUCGGGCAUACUACGGGACAGUGAGCGGGGAGAUUCGGCUAAAUGGUCGGACGGCCAGCAUUGCCGAGUUCAAGCCGUUGAGAGGCUUCGUUCCUCAGGAUGACAUUGUCCAUGCUCAUCUGACUGUUCGUGAACAGAUCUUCUACUCUGCCAAGCUGAGAAAUCCGGAAGGAACAGCGCCGGAAGUCUUAGACAGCAUCGUCGAAGAUGUCUUAAAUGUGAUGCAGCUGCUUGACGUUCAGCACAGUCUGGUGGGAAAUGUGGAGACUCGUGGCAUAAGUGGUGGCCAGCGGAAGCGUGUCAACAUUGGACUGGAGCUUGCAGCUCGGCCCACCAUCCUGAUGCUGGACGAGCCGACCUCCGGUUUAGAUGCCACUACGGCCCUUGACAUUGUUCGGUCGUUGCAGAAGCUCACGGAGAUCGGCAUGACUGUCGUCAUGGUUGUGCACCAGCCACGAUAUUCGCUGUUCACGCUGUUCCACGAGGUGCUACUGCUCGGCCUGGGCGGCCAGACCGUAUACCUCGGCCCAAGCACUGGUGCGUUGCCUUACUUCAAAAGCCUCGGAUUUCCCAUUCCUCAGCACGAAAACCCGGCUGAUUGGUUCAUGGACGUGAUUUCCGGAAAAGUCCGAAGUGAAGGGGCCCCAUCCCCGUCCCGCAAACAAACAGAGCUAGCCAGUCGCUGGAAAGAAGCCAAGCAAGGCCCAGAGCGUUCCAUGGGACAUCGUCAUGCAACAAAUCCGGAUGAGAAGUUCAAGUUCCACAAUGCGGUUGACUCAAAGCUUGAGCUGCUUGGCCUGGGUGAGGUCAGAUCCAUCAGUGGUGGGCACUUCUCGCAAAUUCUCCAGUCAGCUGGCAUCUCGCCUUCGGAGCCUGCACUUGCAGAGAUGAAGAAGCGGAUUGGCUUUCAAGAUGACUCAGUCAGCCGCCGCGGGCUGGCGCGUUUCCUCUUGGGCUUGAGAAGUUCCUUUUCAAACGAUGCAUUGAGCGACCUGCCUGACUGGGAAAAAGACAUGGAAGCAUCUGAGGCAUCCAUGGUUUCAGGAGCCAGUUCACUAGCAACGGUGGAUAAGAAGAUGGUGGGAAAGAGGGCGCACUUCUGGCCACAGUACCGGGUCUUGCUCCACCAAAAUGCAAUUCGUUGGGUUCGAUUGUGGCAGCAGAAAACACUGAGCACUUUGCUGGUCAUAGCCGCUGCGAUUAUGUUCGGAGCACAGUGUACCGACAAGCUUGUGCCUGGGAACAUUUUGUGCCCCUUGAAGAUUAACCUUUCGCACUUGGCAGUUGGGCUAAUGGUCGGCAUAGCUUGCUUGCAAAUCUUUGGGGCUGAUCGGCCAACCUUCUGGCGAGAAAGCGCCAGCGGAAUAAGGGUGAUUGCUUUCUUCCUCGCGCGCAUCAGCGUUUCGUUGUUUGACGUGCUGUUGUGGACCUACAUCUACACAGCGGUCUGGAUGGCCUGUGCCUCAGCCCCAUGCCCGUACUGGAUAUGGCUGAUUGCUUUCCGCAUGACGGCAGUCAGCUCUGCCGGCAUCGGUCUUCUUCUUUCAGCCGUAGUUCCAGAGCACAGCUCAACAUUGGCGACUGCAGUCACGAUCCUGAUCAUGGGCGGUGGCAUCAGUGAGCCACAAACAGUUGCAGAAGCGGCUGGUACCUUCAAGGAGAUCUUAUCUUUCUUGUCACCUUUUACAUGGGCGAUCGGUGAGAAUUAUUUGGCCGUCAUUGACUUGCAAGGUGGCGAGGAAGCAGUCAUCGACUUCGCCAUCGACAUCGUUGAGGGCUACAAGAGCGUAAUUCUUUCACUGGGUGGUGAGUAUCUUGGAUACGUGACUGCAGCCUACAUCUCGUGUGGUGUCUUCGGCAUGUUGGCCUUGGUCUCGGGCUACUUGACGUUGCGAUUCUCUUAUCGCGGGAAACAGGCGUGA